AUUGAGAAGUGAAAGGAGGGGAAGAAAAACAAUCUCACUCUUUUGUCUUUUCUCUCUCUCAUAGAAACAAGAAAGUGGUGGAAGAAGAAGAUGCCGAGGCCAGGGCCAAGACCGUACGACUGUAUCAGAAGAGCUUGGCAUAGUGACAGACACCAACCCAUGAGGGGCUUGCUAAUCCAAGAGAUUUUCAGGAUUGUUUGUGAGAUUCAUAGCCAAUCCACCAAGAAGAACACAGAAUGGCAAGAAAAGCUCCCUGUGGUUGUCUUGAGAGCUGAAGAAAUCAUGUACUCCAAAGCCAAUUCUGAGGCUGAGUAUAUGGACUUGAAUACCCUUUUAGACCGUACAAACGACGCCAUUAACACCAUAAUCCGACUCGAUGAGACCACUGAAACAGGGGAAUUUCUUCAGCCUUGUAUUGAAGCUGCUCUGCAUUUGGGCUGCACGCCGAGGAGAGCUUCAAGAAGCCAACGGAACAUAAACCCGAGAUGUUACCUUAGCCAACAAGACUCAACUAACUUGGAAAACAUCUUGUCGCCGCAGCAAUACCAAGUCUUCAUGAAACCGAACAACUUUGCUCCAAAGAAUCUGACAUUUCACAACCAAGACAAGUGCCCUGUCUCCAAGUACUCAGCCUACCCUUUAUGCUAUUCAUUCCGAGUUCCUUCUUCGCCGAUCUCUAACAAUGUCACUGCCUCGUGCAAGCCCAAGAACAGACCUGCGACUGCGAGUGUCAUAGAUGCAACAAAUGGCAUUACCUUUGGUGGGUGUGAUCUAUCUUUGCGCUUAGGUCCUCUUGGAGAUGUUAGAACUCCUAGUCAGAAACGGUGUAAGAUCAGCAGCAGCAACGACAAUAAAAGCUGAAGAGGAAAGCAAAGUUAGGUCUUUUUUUUAGUUCCUCUGUAGUUUUUUUGUGUAGAUGUAAAUAGAGAGAGAGAGAGAGAGAGAGAGAGAGAGGCAGAUGUAGAAAACUAAAACAGGCAAUGAAGCCGAAACUGGUCUGAAGUCUUCUUUGAAGGCUCGAACCAUCAGGCUUCGAUGUACUUUUAGUUAAUUUGCACAAUUCGAGAAAUGUAAAUUAGACUCGAACUAGUGUCCCGGAGACUGCUUAUUGAGCCGAGCGAUUCGUGCGGAGCCGCUGGGCCAGUGCCGUGCGCGUGCGGAGGUUUGUUCGCUUUUGUGAUUGAUAGAUGUUAAGAAACAUGUGAUCGAAGCUUCAGGUCCAGUCGCUGUUCAACAGAUACUUCAGCGAUUGCCGAUGAGACUCUUCUGAUAUGGCCUUACCUGGGCCACUCUAAUUAUUUUGAACUCAACUUAGACCCAUUUAAUAGACACACCACUCUAUAUGGGCCGAGUUAUAUCCUUUUUAAAAAACAAUUUGUGGGAGAUUUGUGAAACUCUUUGUUCCACAGAAAAUUCAAGUGAGCUUAGACGUUCGUUAAUUCUAAUAUUUCACAA